UUUUAUCUAUUAUUUUAUUUAUUAUAUUUGACUGAUUUCUUAUCUUAAUCAAGACAACACAAAAAACAAUAUAUCAGCAGCACAAUUAACACUUUUUAAUACUACUAAAAUACAAGCAGGACAGAUUCAAGAUAUGAAAAAAGGGCGGGAAAGCGAAUGCACGCGCUUGCAAAGUAAAAAGCCGGUUGUGAGUUUAAGACUGCAGUAAUAAUUUUAUCAACACUGACAAGGUACUUUGAAUACUGAAGAGCUUUUCUGUCAGAGUAAGUAAAAACAAACAAAAAAAAGGGUUGCGAAUGUUACUUGAAAAGCAGAUAUGCAGAUAUGUCAUCUGUUUGGUCCAAGAGGCGUAGAAUUUGUAAGCUUGUUCAAGAAGCAGAAAGAGAUAUUGCACAGCAUUUUGAAUACACUCAAAUGCCCAGUUCAGCCUCUCCUUUAGAUCAAAAUGCAAAUCAUAGUCUCUCUGGUGAAACCAAGAAGGAACAUCCUUCCCCAGUCUCUCCUUUGUCUCAUGGUAGUGUUUGUUCUGGUAGUUUAGAAUACCAUGUUUGUAGAGAUUCCAACAGGAGAAUUCCAGAUUCUCAAAGUGUGCUUCAUGGGAUUUCUGUGUCUCCUGGAUGUGUCAGUUCUCCUGGAAGUGACAGUUCUGACUCUGAUUGUUGUGACAAUGAGUCAAAUGAGUCCAUGCUCCUCCACCAGUUAAAAGACUGGGCUACUACGUUCUCCAUUUCAUUGGUAGGACUCACUGCACUCCUGAACCUGCUCAGGAUGUAUCAUCCACAUUUACCUAGAGAUGGAAGAACAUUGCUUGGCACGCAGUCACAUGUAGCCACAAGAAAGGUAGGAAAUGGUGAAUACUACCAUUUUGGGUUGGAGCAAGGUAUACACCAGAAACUGAAAAGUCUCAAAAUCCAAAGCAGUCUACAAGGACUAAAACUACAGUUCAACAUUGAUGGUCUACCACUUUUCAGAAGCUCAAGAACCCAACUUUGGCCUAUUCUUUGUCUAGCUGAUUGUGAUUACUCCAAGUCUCCCUUUCUUGUGGGAUUGUACUGCGGAGUAACUAAGCCUGCAAGUGUUUUUGACUAUCUGGCUGACUUUGUGAAGGACUUGACAAAUGUGCUGGAGCAUGGCAUUGACUACAAUGGUAAACAGCUUGAAGUUUCAGUGUCAGCUGUUGUCUGUGACGCCCCAGCCAGAGCCUUUGUAAAGAACAUCAAGUCACAUAAUGGCUAUUCUGGAUGUGACAAGUGCAUGCAGGUGGGCAAAUGGCAUAAUAAAAUGACAUACCCGGAAACCAAUGCCAGACCAAGGACUGACUCCAAUUUCUGUGCUAUGGCUGAUGAAGAACAUCAUUUGGAAGGGAAACUUGGCCCUUUGACAGGAAUUGUAAAGAUGGUGUCCCAGUUUCCACUCGACUAUAUGCACCUGUGCUGUCUCGGGGUUAUGAGAAAACUUCUGCUUUUCUGGCUAAAAGGAAAAAAACUGGCGACCCGUCUUCCUUCAAAAACUGUUGGCUUGGUGUCCAAAAAUCUGCUAAAUCAACGGCCUUAUACACCCUCUGAAUUCUCUAGGAAACCAAGAGAGUUGACAGAAAUUGAUCGCUGGAAGGCAACAGAAUUACGCCAAUUCAUGAUUUAUACUGGUCCAGUGGUGCUUAAGAACUGCAUGCCACAGGAAGUAUAUGACAACUUCAUGCUUUUCUCUGUUGCCAUGUUUUUGCUCCUGACUCCAGACAUUUCCGAAGAAAAGUUGUGCUUCGCUGGCAACAUACUUGUGUGUUUUGUUAGACACUUUGGGGAGCUGUAUGGAAAGGAAGAGAUUGUUUUUAAUGUGCACCAGCUUGUCCACCUUGCAGAUGAAUACCGAAGAUUUGGGGCCUUGGACAAUGUUUCAGCCUUUCCCUUUGAAAACUGUUUGGGAAGAAUCAAGAAACUUGUAAGGAAGCCACACCAACCACUACAACAAGUAGUUAAAAGAUUAUCAGAAAUGCCAACAGCAUUGGUGCCCAUACCAACAUGCUCUGUAUCUUUACAACAUAAGCACCAUAAUGGACCUCUGCCUCCACAGUUUGGUACAGCUGACCAAUUUAACAAAAUUACCUGGAAUGAGUGCACCAUUUCCACAGAGCCAGGUGACAACUGCAUAGAGGUCGGCCAUGAAAUAGCUGUGGUCAAAAACAUAGUGAGGGCAGAAGAUGUCACGUAUGUCAUCUAUCAAACAUUCAAACAUAAGGAGAACAGCUUUUUGUACCCUUGUGCAUCAUCUUACAUUGGUUCUUAUCAAGUAUCUGGGCUGCACAGCAAUCUAGGAGUCUGUAGAGUUGAGCAUAUACAAAGAAAGUGUGCACUCUACAAAGACAGGGAUAGUUUUAUAGUCAUUCCACUUGCUCACAUGUUUGUUUAGAUUAAGGCUAGUGAGGAUCAGAGGUGCAUGUGCACAAAGGAAAGAAACAACUUGCUAAUGCAAUGGUGAAGAUGCGAUGAAGAACUUAAAAACAAAGAGAACAGACGGAAACAUUAACUAGUGAUACAGACAAACAGAAAAGAAACACAGACAAGGAAAAGCAGAAUCAUCACAGACAGGAAAUAAACAUGGACAAAGACAUGCAGAAUUGGACAGAGUAGGACAUUAAGAAAUGUCACAAUUGGAAACAAGUAGGAAAAUAGAAAAGAACCAACAUACAAAUGAAACCUCACUAAAGCACUCAAAAACAAGAGAGCAGACAGACAUGUGAAGAACAGUCACAGACAAGCAGAAUUAGAAAACCAGAUAAGGAAGAGCACAAUUAGAAACACACAGGAUAGAGACAGACAAAGAAGAGUACAAGUGAAGUAAAACAAACAAGAACGAGACAGACAAAUAAAAACAGAUGUGUCGCAGACAAACAGGAAAGAAAAACAUACAAAGAAGGACACAAUUAUCGCAGACAAACAGGAAAGAAAAACAUACAAAGAAGGACACAAUUGUCACAGACAAACAGGAAAGAAAGACGGACAAAGAGGAGAAGAGAUGCCGCAGAACCACAUAAAAGCAGAAUCGUCACAAACAG